UAACAAAGAAAAUACUGAUGAUUAUGCUCCAGAUAACAAAGAAAAUACUGAUGAUUUUGCUCCAGAUAAUAGAAUUCAAUAUAUACCUACAUAUGCUUUUGCUCGCUACAAAAGAAAAAAACAAAUCAGCUCGAAGUGGUACUGGAAGAUGGAAAAUGUUGAACUUGUCUUGGCUCCCGUGCAUAUCAACGAAUGCCACUGGGCUAUGUCUUUCGUAAAAAUGCAAAAGAAGGAAAUCAUAGUAAUGGACUCUAUGAAUAAUGGAAUUGCUGGAAGCACGAAAAAGGAUUUUAUGAACACACUUUUGACCAUUCUUAUGGAGGCUGCUGAUCAGUUUUCAAUGGAUAUAGGCAAAAGAGAAGACUGGACAUUAACAGAAUUGCUAGAUGUACCGCAACAACGAAACGGAAUAGAUUGCGGUAUUUUUUCCCUUCUAUAUGCGUAUUAUGAAGUUGCUGGAAGAUAUAUGGACUUUACUCAAGAACACAUUAGCUAUUUUAGAAGGAAAAUAUGUAAAGAGUUGUUACCAAGCCAAUCACAAUUAUCUUAA